UCUCAAGACUUCAACUUGUCAUUGUUUAUCAACGAUCAUAAAGUCACGUCCUUGUGCGGGAAGGGAAGCGGCAAUUUCACCCUGAACUUUCAUACCUCAAAGAACCAGGAUCACCAAAUCAUCGUACCAGGUGUUCAACCAAUCACUUUCCGGAUGAUCCUUAAUUCAUCAGAGGGAACUGAGUGGAUGAAAUUAUCUUUCCGCGGUGCGGGACGAGACUUGUUUGUGACCUACAGCCUGCCUUGGAAAGAGACAUUGUCACUACCACAGGAGCCAGUAUUAAUGAACUUCUGUACAGGAGACGAUGGCGCUGGCAGUUUGGAACUCGUCGUUCUCGUGCUGAUUCUGAUCAUCCUCUUGAUUACAGUUACUCUUGUCAUAGUGUUAGUCGUCAUGAAGACCAAACGUAAAAGUAGCCGAGCUGUAAACGGAGAAUCACUCGCACAGCAGUCGACAGAAGCCCCUUCGAGUGUCCACCUCGAGGAGAACGACGACCGAUAUAUCAAAUGGGGAAAAGUAACUAUUCGCGAGAUGAUGACCCAAGUCCCUUGAGAACGCCAGCACUGCAUGAAAGGGAAUAUGCCAAUGGACCCUGGAACGCUUUGGCGUCGAGAGGGUUUCCCGCUUUCUUCUACCAGGGCUCUGAUGCACAAGUAUCCGAAGACCCUAUUUACGAAGAAAUCAUCAUCACCGAUCAGCUGAUGCUUACUUCGUCAAGGGCCUCCUAUUGCAAUUAUCUAGAGAACGGUGUUAUUCAGGAGAACGAGGAUGGGUAUGUCAACAUGGCACAUUACCUAAGGAAAUGAGAAUGUACUGCUUAGAUUCUUUACGUUUUUGGUAAAAUACACAUUUCAUCGAAGACUUGUUCUUUUCUCGAUAGAAUUUUUGUUGUUUCGUUGUGGCCGUUGAUUAUGCAUGAUUGAAGAUGUAUCUACACAUGUUUGUACAAACGCUUUAUAGUAUUUUCUCACGAAGUAUGUUGCUUGAGAGAGAGAGAGAGAGAGAGAGAGAGAGAGAGAGAGAGAGAGAACAUUCAUUAGCCAUUUAUAUAGUCCUCUAACCUCCUA